AUGUCGCUGGCCAUGGACAUGUACGAGAGUCUCGGCAAGAAUGCCCCUCAGGCCUCCACUAUCCCCGGAGACGCGUCGCGGCCCAUGUCUCCAAGUUCGCCAUUAUGGUCGCUGCAGUCCAUGUGCAUGCCAAGUCCGGCCAUCAUGUAUGCCUUGAUCGACGUCUACUUUGAGAGGCUGCACUGGUUUAUCUGGAUCUUCCAUAAGCCUUCAUUUCUCCAGCAAGCUCACAUCAUCCUUGCUACCACAUCAUGGAAGCGACGAGAUAAGAGCAGAGUGAUAGUCUUGUUGACAGUCGCUGCGCUUGGUCUCAAAUGUGCACUGCAAGACACCUCGAGGGAGGGACAAGAGCUACUUGCAUCCAUAUCACCAGACCCUGGGGGCAUGGUCAAUAGAAUGGUAGCAGAAAUACGGAUUCACCUGCUGGAACUGCUAGACGACAAUUGUAUCGAAACGGUGCAAGUCUGUCUUUUGCUCGGUGCUUACUACAUCUUUCACGGCUCCCCGAGCUUGGCCUGGGCCACUAUUGGGCUAGCCGUGAGGACUUCGUACGCCCUUGCUUUACACUGUGGUACGGAAACUGGCGAUGAACUUGCAGAUCAGGUCAGGCGCAGAUGUUGGAAUCAUCUCACCGUAGCCGACACGUUCGCCUCACAGAUUUAUGGCCGUCCUGCAUCCCUUGAUGCUGCGUUCUCAGACCUCCUACCUUUGAAGGAACUUGAUGACACUGCCAUUGACAUACCCAAUGCGUCAGAAAUCCAAGACCGAGUCAGCGGCAAGGUGGUAGCGGUGACUUUCCACUGGCUCAAAUACAAACUAUACAACAUUAUAAGGUCUACUCUCUCCAAGUUUCAGCUCCUGCGGCUGCAUACCCCCAUGACUGUGCAAGAGUUGCAGCACUUGAUCGACGCAGUGCAAGAUAUUGAUGCUCAACUAGAAAGUUGGCGGAGAUCACUGCCUUCGUUACUAGACAGUGAGAACAUGUCGGAUGAUUUCCCCGAAGACACGUCACCACGGGCAGAGUCCAGCGGCCAAGGAACGAGACGCAGUCGUGACUUACGCAAGGUGAAAUUGCAAGCCUAUCUACUUCAGAUCACCCAUGACGCUGCGACGAUCCUUGCCCAUCGACCCCUGCUGGAAUACCGGGUGUCGUUCGCAUAUCGGCAGAACAUAUCAAACAGCAUCGCAAAAUCCGUCUCCAGGUCGUUCGACGUAGCUGUCAAAGCUGCGAUCAGAAUUUCUCGGAUCCCCAUUAUGGAGUUCAAGAACGAAUUCUGCAUGGCUUUCAUAUUCGUCCAUCUCUUCACAGCCGGCGUCAUCCUAUGCAUCCCGCCGACCAGUCACCCCAACAGCAAUACGUCACAAGAAGCCAGAGAAGGUGUCUUUCGCAUCAUUCGCGGUGCAAAAGCACUGCGUCAACAUAGCCAAAUUGCUCGGCACACUGAAAAGUUACUGAGCGAUCUAUUGAAGCUAAGUCUGCAUCGUGAGGUGGAGCUGUCUUUCAAGGAAGACCGCAAGACAAACGCUCAACCCGGCACGAGGCAGAAUGAGGGCCAAAACUCAGCUCUUGACGAUACGCAUCGGCCGGCGUCACCACCAAGAGUCGCUAGCUUGGCUCAAACUGGAGGCAGCUGUGACAGGGAGCUUCUGGCAACAGAUCCUCCGGCAGAAUUCAAUAGCGAUAUGCAAUUGGAGGAAUCAAAUUUACACUCCCAUAAUUUCGACAACCCAUGGCCUGGAUCGUAUCCAAUAUUUGACAAUCUUGUCGACUCUAAUGGUUUGCAGAUCGAGUCCCUCGACUUGCCGCUUGAUGAAGCGUUUGGUCAGUUUGGUCAAGGUAACAUGUUUGGCUCAAUUCUCGCUGUACCCUUAUCCAGUACAGUAAUGUUUAACCUCAUGCCUGGUGAUCCUCUGAACAAUUGGGGUUGGGGAAAAGGGAGUAUAUAA